AGGCAGGCAUCAGCGAAAGGAAAACAAGACUCAAAAGGUUUUGCUGUCUCGGGUUUGCAAAGCUGUACAAAUUCUUAUCAUUCCCAGUUCUGCGCGCUUAGUCACGUCGGCUAACUUUCGUCGUAGGUUCUUUUCCGUGCGUGAAACGAGCUGAAAAAACUGCGUAAAGUGGCUUCAAACACCGGAUGUAACAGUACGAAGCGUAUCCACUUCAAGUGUUCACGGAGUACAGCCCAAAUUUGGAUGAAGAAAAACGUGUGCAUGUUCUUUUUCUUCUGCGAAUAUACCCCAUCGCUGAGGAAGAUGUGAAUGGGUUGCCGGAGCGCAGCGCAGAGCAGAGAAGUAAAAAAGCGAUUGCCAGGGCAGAGCCUUACUGCGUGUUUGUUUAUGUUUUCGUCAGCAUAAUUUGUGCUGCAAAUUUUCAUCAAACUCGUGAAUGUGUGUGAUUUGUGCUCUUUAUUAACAAUAAUCAUUAAAGAUAAGUUUUUUUUUAUUCGCGUUCGAGUGUCUGGAACAAAGACCAAGUUGGGUGAACUCGCUCAAGGAAGCAGUGUUUUGUUUUAACUGAGAGGACAGUAACUGAAGGUGGGGGAAAGAGGCAGCCCAGCCCGUUUACCAAUAACCCAGCUUGAUUGGAAAAGGCUUUGUGAUGAUGACAGAAAUAGAACCGAACAGUUUCGAGGACCUGGGAGAAAAUGAGAUCCCGCAGAUCGUGACAUACCCGCAAAGGUCUCCGACCAGUUAUUCAUCCCAGCCGGAUGUGGUAUCGGGGAACGAUUCGGCCCCGUUUCUCUCGCUAAGCUUGGUCAACGAGGAGGACGGCGCAACGACAUCACCCAAUGGAAGCGGCGGUUCCAGAAAAACCGACAGGUUCGCCAAAAGCUUCCUGCUGAUGGACGAACAGGAAAACGUACAGCUACAGUCGGCAGAACAUUUCUGCAAACGGUUGGGCGCGGCACCGGAGUCAAAGAUCAAGGUAGUUUCCAUUUUCGGAAACACCGGCGAUGGCAAAAGUCACACCAUGAAUCACGCCUUCUUUGGUGGGAAGGAAGUUUUCAAAACUUCUUCGCACCAGAGUUCCUGUACGAUGGGAAUUUUGGCAUCUUUCCAUAAGAGCUACAAUGUGUUGUGCUUGGACACCGAAGGGCUGCUCGGGGAAACCAUCAAUGAGAACAAACAGAUGAGAAUGCUGCUCAAAGUGUUGGCCAUUUCGGAUAUCAUUAUUUACCGGACGCGUUCGGAGCGACUGCGAUCGGAUAUGUACAAAUUUCUGGGAACAGCUUCCGAGGCUUUCACCAAGUUUUUCUUCACUGCCCUGCAAUCGCUGUCCCUGCCAGGAACACCCCAGUCACUGGGUCCGGCGGUUAUAAUCUUUCAUGAAACGCAACACACCGAGGUUUUGAAGGAGGAUGAUGAGGGGAAAAAAGAGGAAGACAUUUUGAGGGAACGGUUUGCCAAAAGUCAGCUUGACCUGACGGCAUUUAGCUCGUUGCGGUACGUCGGCAUACGGACGAAUACGCCACCCACGAAUUAUGAACCGUUGAGAAUGGCACUGGAGAAAGAGCUCAAAAAUACAACCGUUCGGUCGCCACGGCAACCGACGGUCGUCUUCGAGGCACUGCUUGCGCUCAAUCGUCAGUUCAACGGGGAGCUUUCGUCCAUUCCUAACCACAUUUUCCCCGAACAAUUUUUCACCUGUACCACUUACUGCAAGUCCUGCGAAGCACGCUGCCAGCUGUCAUCGGGUCAUUUGCGAUUAAAGGAGGACCACAAGUGCGCACGUACAUGCAAAUACCAACACCAGUUCGAGAAUAAGGUUUACCUUUGCAACAAGUGCCAUUACAAUGGGCGACCGGUGGUCGUAACCAUCAAGACACAAACAAGCAACGACUCUUCCUGGCUGGGACUGGCCAAGUUCGCCUGGAGUGGAUCGGUUAUCGAGUGCCCAUACUGUGGGGAAAUUUACCGCUCCCGGCAGCACUGGUAUGGAAACAAGCCACCGGAGCAGACCUCGGUUAGAACCGAAAUCGUGCAUGUUUGGAACGAUGGUGGUCUGGUGACCCGUGGUCCUACCCACUCUGCUCAACUGGUGCUGGACGGAGUGGCAUAUCUAACCGACGCGUUGGUCAGCGUUGGAGAGCAGCCAACAAAAACGCUCAAAUCCUGGGUUGCGGAUAAGAUCCGUCCAACCUAUUGGCGACCAGAUAGUGAAAUCAUUUACUGCAAAGGAUGCACCUGCAAUUUCGAGCGGCUCGAGCUGAAGAAGCACCACUGUCGCAACUGUGGAGAUGGAUUCUGCAGUGCCUGCUCGAAGACCAAGAUGCCCGUGGUUAAUCGCGGUUGGGACUAUCCGGUGCGGGUAUGCAACGGCUGCCGGGAUCUACUGAGUAGGGCACAGUCGUCCAACGGGACAAACGUAGGUUCUACACGAGCCGCUAGCAGCGAAAGUGAACCGGACAAGACAUCUACUUGCAACAGCAAUAGCGCAAGCGAUGCAGAGAUCAAUGUUACGGCAAGAAAAUACGGCGAGGCCGUUAUCAACACGCUGAGUAACCUCGGUGCCGUACUGGAAUACCCUAAAGACUUAAUAAAGGAUUCCGCUCGCCCAUCGUACUGGGUCCCGGAUGCGGAAGCCGCUCGCUGUAACAUCUGCGAGCUGAUGUUCGGUUCACCGGAGGAACUCAAUUCCGCCAACCCGUUAGUUCAGGCCGGUUCGACCAUCAACGGGAAGAACGUGAUGCGUCAGCUGGCGCUUGCGGCAGGAGAUACCACACCGCCAGCGUCGCCUGGUAACCCGUCAAAUAAUCGAGGAACCGCUCUGGUACCGUCACCGUCGCCAUCUCCCUCACACUCAUCCUAUCACGUCAUCGACCGGCGGAGACAUCACUGCCGGGCCUGUGGGACAGCGGUUUGCGCCGGUUGCUCCGAACAUCGUCGGCCCGUUCCGAAGCGAGGUUGGCUGAACGAUGUCCGGGUGUGCAAUAGUUGCUUCUCCAGUGCCGAUUGAGUUCGGGUUAUGUUUACAUCUAAGGAAAUUGGUUAUAUUAAUUGACAGAAUAUUGAACGGAAUGAAACAAUUCGAAUGAUGGAACUCGAUUGUGAUAGUUGGUUUAACUGCGUUUUAUUGCUUUACAAAUAUUUUGUUCGUUUGUCUUAGCUAGUGAAAAGAUUUGGAAAGCCAUAAGAUGGGUUGUAUCGUUCUGUGGUUUGUUGCUGAGAAAGAGACUGCGACUGGGAUGAAACAUAGACAAAUCCAGUGUUUUUGAUAUUGUCUGCAAAUAUUUUUUAAGUAUUUGUCAGACGCACGCUAGGUUACGCCUAAAAACGUAUUGAAACUAUUUCGGGAAAAUGACUUGACGCUACAAAUGAAACCUAGAUCAACUAAUCCUCGUAUUACAACUUAGGUCUAUUGCAGCUUGCUUUUAUUGCGUAUAUUAUUCAGAGCGGUAGAAACAGAUAUUGUUGAUGAUUAUUAUUUUACAGUAAAAUAAAUGAUUUCUAUAUAA